AUGAAGGCCGCCAGCUACCUCGGAUACUUUCUUUCUGCUGCCAGCACCAUUUCCGCGUGGGAGUUGUACGUCUACAGUGAUAAAUCAUGUGCUACCGAGGUCAACUUGCACUCUGGUACCGCUGCUAAGAGCUGCACUGCUUUGACCAGCACCAUCGACAGCAUUCAGGCAGUCUACGAUAUCGAUAACUUUGAGGUUAUUGUGUACACUACUGACGACUGUGAUACCACUUCGGGCUAUGUCCUGCCUCCUACCGAUCAGUGUAUUCACUACACUGCCUUCGCCACUUCUUAUUCCUCUUUCAAGGUCACUGCUAAAUAG